AAUUUCGCGACCCCUCGGCGCUUCGUUUUGUCAGCAGCGCAGACGUUGCCCCCUUUUGAAUGAUUGUUUGUUUCGCAUCCCUCUUUUAUCGUCGCGUACACGACUCUCCUACACGUCGUAGAAGGGCCCAGUCGAAAGCGGCACGUCGACGGACGACGAUGCGCAUCGAGGAAUAGUGGAUCGAAAGAGAAGAAGAAAGAAAAAGAGAGAGAGAGGGAGAAAGAGCAGUGUGUAAGGUUUAACCGGGGGUGGUCCACACCCCCCCGCAACGCGUCCAAGUGAAAAAGUUGAAGACAGACGCACUGAGACUAUUAGUGUGGAUGAACGCAUACAAUCACUGAGAGGAUAACAUUAGUGAAGCAUCUACGAAGCAGUAAUCAUGGAGGACGCCCAUUGUAAAUCUGUGGAAGAAGUAGUAAAUUACUUCAAUGUCGAUCCUGACAAAGGACUGUCUCUUGAUCAAGUCAAAAGAAACCAGGAGAAGUACGGUCUCAAUGAAUUGCCAGCUGAGGAAGGAAAAUCCAUCUGGCAACUCGUUCUGGAACAGUUCGAUGAUCUUCUAGUUAAGAUUCUUCUAUUAGCCGCCAUUAUUUCUUUUGUAUUAGCCUUAUUUGAAGAGCACGAGGAUGCGUUCACGGCCUUCGUCGAACCCUUCGUUAUCCUGCUCAUUCUUAUCGCCAACGCUGUAGUCGGUGUCUGGCAGGAACGGAACGCCGAGUCUGCGAUAGAGGCGCUCAAAGAAUACGAGCCGGAGAUGGGUAAGGUUGUACGAUUGGACAAAUCUGGCGUCCAGAAGAUACGAGCCAAAGAAAUCGUGCCCGGUGAUAUCGUGGAGAUAUCGGUAGGCGACAAGAUCCCAGCGGAUAUCCGUCUCUCUAAAAUCUUCUCGACUACCUUAAGAAUUGAUCAAUCUAUCCUGACUGGCGAAUCGGUGUCCGUCAUCAAGCACACCGAUCCUAUACCUGAUCCACGCGCCGUCAAUCAGGACAAGAAGAACAUCUUAUUCUCUGGUACCAAUGUUGCCGCUGGCAAAGCUCGCGGUGUCGUUAUUGGAACUGGCUUGAGCACGGCCAUCGGUAAGAUUCGUACAGAGAUGUCGGAGACCGAGGAGAUCAAGACCCCAUUGCAACAGAAAUUGGACGAGUUCGGCGAACAGUUAUCGAAAGUCAUUUCGGUGAUUUGUGUCGCCGUAUGGGCCAUCAACAUCGGCCACUUUAACGACCCGGCUCACGGUGGAUCCUGGAUCAAGGGUGCCAUCUACUAUUUCAAGAUCGCCGUCGCUCUUGCUGUAGCCGCUAUUCCUGAGGGUUUGCCCGCUGUAAUCACGACUUGCUUGGCUCUGGGUACUAGGCGUAUGGCCAAAAAGAACGCCAUUGUACGAUCUUUGCCAUCCGUAGAAACUUUGGGUUGCACAUCUGUCAUCUGUUCCGACAAAACUGGCACUUUGACGACUAACCAGAUGUCCGUUAGCCGAAUGUUUAUCUUUGACAAGGUUGAGGGUAAUGACAGCAGCUUCCACGAAUUUGAGAUUACCGGAUCGACUUACGAACCUAUCGGUGAAGUCUUCUUGAGGGGGCAGAAGAUUAAAGGACAGGAUUAUGAGACCUUGCACGAAAUCGGUACCAUUUGCAUCAUGUGCAAUGACUCUGCUAUCGAUUUCAACGACUUCAAACAAGCAUUCGAGAAGGUCGGCGAAGCCACAGAGACUGCCUUGAUCGUUCUUGCCGAGAAACUCAAUCCAUUUGGCGUGCCGAAGACUGGUCUGGAUCGUCGAACAACUGCCAUUGUUGUCAGGCAAGAUAUCGAGACGAAAUGGAAGAAGGAAUUUACAUUGGAAUUCUCACGUGAUCGCAAAUCCAUGUCGUCGUAUUGCGUGCCUCUAAAACCAUCGAAGUUAGGAACUGGACCGAAACUAUUCGUUAAGGGAGCGCCAGAGGGUGUGCUGGACAGAUGUACGCACUGUCGUCUCGGUAGUCAGAAGGUGCCACUUACUUCAACCCUGAAGAACCGUAUCCUGGAGUUGACCCGGCAAUACGGAACUGGUAGAGAUACUCUGCGUUGUUUGGCUCUCGCCACUGCCGAUAAUCCGAUGAAGCCCGACGACAUGGAUCUUGGCGAUUCCAACAAAUUCUAUACAUAUGAGAAAGAUCUCACGUUUGUCGGCGUAGUAGGUAUGCUCGAUCCGCCUCGCAAAGAAGUAUUCGAUUCGAUUGUUAGAUGCCGUGCCGCUGGCAUUCGUGUAAUUGUCAUCACCGGCGACAAUAAGGCUACUGCUGAAGCUAUUUGCCGACGUAUCGGAGUCUUUGGCGAGGAUGAAGAUACCACUGGUAAAUCAUACUCCGGACGUGAAUUUGAUGAUUUGCCAAUGUCGGAACAGAAAGCCGCUUGCGCCAGAGCUCGUCUAUUCUCUCGCGUAGAACCGGCUCACAAGUCCAAGAUUGUUGAGUUCCUACAAAGUAUGAACGAGAUUUCUGCCAUGACUGGUGACGGUGUAAACGAUGCUCCCGCCUUGAAGAAGGCCGAGAUUGGUAUCGCUAUGGGUUCUGGCACUGCGGUCGCGAAAUCGGCUUCGGAGAUGGUGUUGGCGGAUGACAACUUCUCCUCCAUUGUAGCUGCUGUAGAAGAGGGCCGUGCCAUCUACAAUAAUAUGAAACAAUUUAUCCGUUAUCUUAUUUCUUCCAAUAUCGGCGAGGUCGUCAGUAUAUUCUUGACCGCUGCCCUUGGUCUUCCUGAAGCUCUGAUCCCGGUUCAACUUUUGUGGGUCAAUCUGGUUACUGAUGGUCUUCCAGCUACCGCUCUUGGUUUCAAUCCACCUGAUUUGGAUAUUAUGAGCAAACCCCCUCGCAAGGCCGAUGAAUCACUCAUUUCCGGAUGGUUGUUUUUCCGCUAUUUGGCUAUCGGUGGAUACGUAGGCGCUGCCACUGUCGGCUCGGCUGCUUGGUGGUUCAUGUUUAGUCCGAAUGGCCCUCAAUUGAACUAUUAUCAAGUAACUCAUCACUUGGCGUGCCUUGGUGGUGGAGAGGAAUUCAAGGGUAUUAACUGCAAGAUCUUCUCUGACCCUCAUCCCAUGACUAUGGCUCUCUCUGUGCUGGUCACUAUUGAAAUGUUAAACGCCAUGAACAGCUUAUCUGAGAAUCAGUCGCUCAUUUCUAUGCCGCCUUGGUCCAACUUGUGGCUCAUCGCCUCUAUGGCUCUUUCUUUCACACUCCAUUUCGUCAUUCUGUACGUCGAUGUUCUUUCGUCCGUAUUCCAAGUGACCCCGUUAACGGGUGAAGAAUGGCUUACCGUUAUGAAGUUCUCCAUUCCAGUGGUACUUCUUGACGAAACCUUGAAGUUCGUUGCCAGAAAGAUCACAGACGUGGCACUGCCGGUGACGACGUCGAAAUAAAGACCGAGGGGGCGUAGGGCGAAAUCUUGAGAGAGAGAGACACCUAUAAUCGGCCGCAGCCGAGAAAUCUCGGCGACUCAGCACUCACCCUACACUCUCGAGCUGCUCUCGAAGAGGGACCGGAGACAUCUUUUAUGACAGAAAAAAAAUCCCCCCUCCCCCCCGAGAAUGCGAAAUCAAAGCACCCCUUCUCCCCCCUCCCCCCAACGCACGCACCGCCUCGAGCACCGCACAAACGCACGCACUCGUCGCGUUUGCACGUUCGUCCGCAUGAUGAUCGGACCUCAAGAUCGAUUUCCCAAGCAAGAGACGACGGGAAAGAGGGAAGGGAACGAAUGUACGACUAGCUUAGAGGGAUUAGAGUACUGUCGCAGUCUUUAAUCGAUACCUUUAUUCGUUUAUUACGUUGUACGCGCCGGUAGAUCUCCACUUGUGUCAUGAUUGUGAUGAUAAGCAAAUAAGAAUAAGCAAGUAUUGACUUAUUCGAAGCUCGUGUAUACCUUAUUUCAUUUGUCGUGUAAUCGUAUCAACAAGAGGAGAACGCAUCGUCGAAAGACAAUGUUCCUCUCUUGUGGAAGGGAAUAGUGUGUUGAUGCAAAACUGCAGCGAUUUCGUGAGCUUGCUUUUUCGCAAGGACAUCCGUACAUUCGUUCGUUCGAGCAGACCUCGUCCAUUUAGUCCAAUUAAUCCGAGGAUCGAUCGUUUCAGAUCACCGAUGUGUCGAGAGGAGGGGACGCGGGAAAAUGCGCCUGAAACAGCCAGUCUUGCACGCUGCGAAUCUUUUCCACUUUAGCUCCUCUUUUUUUUCUCUAGCCGCUCGUUAAUAGUUCUCGUGUGUGUUAUGUUGCAGUAAAUGAGGUGGUCGUUGACAAGUGGGCAUCCAAGUAAAUGAGUGGGUCGUCGACACAGGCACGAAUCCCACACACUCCGUCGCCGCCGCCCCCCGAGCGCGCGCAAAAAAACAAAAAAAAUAAGCAAGCUCAGCCCGAAAAAUAAGCACAGACAAACGAACGAAAUGACCGGCGCGCUUGCGUUUGCAUCGCAAGUAGAGCAUCGCUAUAAUAACAAGAGAAACGGCAGCAGCAGCAGCAACGUACUCGAUAACCACUUAGCUACCUGUCGCGAUCUUCGGGAGCCCUCGGACCCGAUCAAUCGCUGCACCGCCUCGCCGCUGCUUUCUUUUUCAUUUCAAUCUUCUCUUCUCCCUUCCCGCAAGAUUGCUGCGCGAGAGAUCGUUCGAGUCGAGUUCGUCGUUCCCGCGGCGAAAGCGAAGCGAGCGAAACAGCAUGGGAAACUCUUCGUCUCUUCAGUGUUUAGAAGCAUUAACGUUCUUAACUCAACGACUGUGCCUUCUUAGAGCCGGUUGCAUCAACGUCGAUUAACGCUAAUCUUGAUCGAGCCACCUUCUCUCUGUUUACGCGAAGCGAACAAUGAAUAUUUGCGAUUGUAAAGUGUUGCGACUUGCGAAAUUUUCAAGAGAGAAAUUUCAUUUUUCCUUUAUCUUACGCGACAUAUAUAUUUUUUUUGCGAAAAAAGAAAUACCAAUCGGAACUCGAAAUGUAAAUAAUUGAUAUGGAUUAAUAGAGAGAUUCUCUAUUAUUUUAGCCUUUGUCCUCAUUCGACGCUUUGUACGUUAGAUAAAACGCGAGUGAAAGAUUAGCUGACUCAAAUCGUCGGUGCAAUUCAGCCUUAGUUUCCUAUCCGAGCGAGGAACGAGAAUGUGAUGAUGAUAUAGCUGAUGCGAGAAAGUAGAGGAGCGUUGCCUUGUACUCCUUUAACCGAAAGAUGUGUUAACACAUAUAAUGCAACCCUUCCUUCUGUCCAAGUAACUGUCAAUCUGAUCAUUCAUAUUUCCGAGACGACGGCUUGUUGGAAAUUUUUGAGCGAGAUUAUUAAAACGAAGCCGUAUUUCUCAAUGAAACGACAACCUGAUUUUCUUAAAAACCUUGUUAAUGUAGAGGAUAGAUUUGUGUUCGCUUUUCGUUGUGCUUGUAUCGAUUUAAUCAAAUCUUUUACUAUUCCUUUUAGAUAGCGCUUUUUUUCUCGCCACUUUGUGCUUGCUUUUACAUCGCUUCAUUGAACUACCUUUUUUUUUUUUCUUUUUUUUCUCUCUUCGUGUUUUAUACUUUUCCUCUAUUUUUUUCAUUCUGUCUGUAAUCUUUCUGAUAUGAAAAUCUCGCUGGGCGGUACGUUUCUCCCCCUAACAAACUCGGCGGUCGUGUGUCCUCGGUUAUGCAAACGAAUAAAAAGCGCAACGAUCUACAUUUCAAAUCAAAACCAGCUAAAACAAUCGUUGCCUUUUAAUAACACAUGUGCAGAGACAGUUUUGAUCCGUUUAAAAAAAAAUCGAAAGAUGCAAAUGUCAAAUUCCGGCGUGAUCAGCUGAUUGUCAUUUGAUUGUGAAGAUCGCGAAUUCUCCGAUACAACUUUUAUAAAGGCGUGAAUUGUCAGAGGGGAUAUUUCUUCUCGGAGGAAAAAAAGGAAUGCGGCCAUUAUCAGAAGUCCCUGUCUCUCCUUUCUCCCUUAACUUCCGAGACGCCGUGUCCCGAUGAAUCCGCACUAGAUUAGGCAUCUAAUCGCAUACGCGGAGAUGAAAUACCCAGUCUCUCCCCUGUCAGCCACGAACGACGGAAUAAUCCUUCGUAGCUUGAAACGUUCGGUUCGAGACGACGAGAAAAAGACCGUCACCCGUACCUGGAACGCUCAAUGAUGUCACAGUCCGUCCGCGCGCGCUCGCGUUUAUCCGGCGAACAGUCGCGAGAGAGAGAAAGAAAGAGAAGGAAAGAGGAAGAGAGGGAGAAUCUCGACAAUCCUGUUAAACAGAGUUUCCAUCCCUGUCGCGCGAAGAACGAAGAAACUUACCCGCACACCGUUCUGGAUCCCCAUGGGUCCUUCGAGGGAUGCCGCGCCGCGUCAUUCGCGCGAUGCACGCGUUGAAGAAGGCGCCAACGCAGCCGGAUGCUGGACGAUAGGGGAGAAAUAUCGACCGGAAGAGGCGUUCGAGCCUUCUCGGGACGGAUCGACGAGGGGAUCGAGAGUGGUGGGUCCGCGAAACGACGCGGUUUCGAGCAGUGACGUAACUUUCGCGACCGGAGGCUGCCAUCGCCAGGAAAUGUUUUCUCUCUCGCGCGAGCCGCUGAUGCCGCGUCUCCCGUCUCUCUCAAAGAGCACUCCGCCGUCAUACGUCCCGAAGAGGACGGUCUUCGGAAAUCCUCGACGGAUGGAAGAGGGAUGAAAUCGCGGGCAAAAGCGCCGGCUCGCGCGGGAGGAAUCGUCGGUUGGAGCUGACGGCUCGCCUCCGGACACGCACGAAACUUACGCCACCGGGGAGUCCAAUAAUCCCGUGUUAAGUAAUUAUUGUAAAUAUAUCCGAUACAUAAAACGGAGGAGAGAUACUAUAAAGAAAAAAAAUAUAUAUAGUUAUACAUAUAUAUAUAUAUAUAUUAUAUAUAUAUAUUUUUUUGUUCGUGAGAAAGCGCACACAGAUGGACGCGUCGUCGCUGCGGACGAUAAUAAAUUAUUGUUAUCGAUAAUAUCUUAUUACUAUUAUUAUUAUUAUUAUUAUUAUUACUACUAUUAUUAUUAUUAUUAUUACUAUUAUUAUUAUUAUUGUCAUCUUCGCUACUAUUGUUAGUAAUUACUGUUAUCAUUAAAAUGCGUCACUCAUUAGGUGAUGUACUUGUAUAUUACGACGCGACCUCUUUUGAGAUCCGGGCUCUUCGAGCGAGAAGGAUUCGAACUGCCGAAAUUCGUGCGGGGUUUUUUUUCUCUUUCCUUAUUUAUUUACACGGUUGGCCACUCUUCGUGAUGAUAUUAGAGGCGGAAUUAGCCGUCUCACGGCGUUCUGAUUGUUACUUAGAGAGAGAAAAGGGAGAGAGAGAGAGAAAGAGAGACAGCCAUCUCUGCUUACUUCCGGUCCGACUGCGACUCUCCUCGGCUUUUUCUCGGCUAAGACUGACGAGAGUUCUUGUAGUGAUAUAGGAUAAUUAAUAUCUAACCGUGGACACCGAGCUGGACGACCGAGUUUCGCUAGCGUUGCCUUUCUAGCUCCUCUUUUCGCGCGCGCGCGAAAGAGAGAGAGAGAUCUCGUUUUCCGCGUCUCGUCUCUGAAAAUCGAUAUUAAAUAACUUGUCUCGGAGCAAAUGUGCUGCAACAUCAAGUCGUCGGUGUCACGAAGUGAAUCAGCGUCCAGGAUUCACCCGGGUACCGAGAAGAAACGCGAUGGGUCAACGGAGCUUCGUCGAACGAAGCAACGCGUUAGCUGCUUUCACGCUACGGUUCGCUCCCGGUGUUAUUAUCGUGUGUUGACACUUCUAAUGGUGUACGUCCCGUGCCUUCCUGAAUUUUUCUAUUUCUCUCUUCGCUCCACUUUCCACACACACACACACACACCCUUCCCCUGGUCUCUUCUACUUCUCCCUUACUACCAUCCUCCCUUCUCGUCGCGAUCCACCAUCUCUCGCUCUAUACUCGACACGUACAAUCAAUAAGUAAUUAAUAAUUAAGAUUCAACGAUCCGCGACGCGAAGUUUAAGAAAUCGCCGUCCGGUAUCGCGAGAUUUCUUGUCGACUUUGGCUCUCGAAAGUAAGAUAAGUAGUGAAAGUUGCACGCGAACAGCGUGCAUAUGUAUAUGUAUAUCAUUAUGUACAUUAUACACCCGUUACAUUAUGUAUAUACAUAUAUGUAUACGUAUAAAAAAAGAAAAGAGAGCAUCUCUCUGCGCUCAAAAAAAAAAAAAAAAAAAAAAAAAAACAAGAAUUGCAUACGUAUAGGUCGCUCGCAUUGUCAUCCUAAUCUAUCUACGUAGAUGCGUGUACGUAUCGGUGCGGAUACCGAUCGACACGUACGUACAGAUACGUAAAUCAAUCGCCCAUCCUGUAAUUAGAGUCCAUCAUUUUUAAUAUACGUGAAACUUAUUAUAUCGUGGAGUGUAAUAUUCGUAUAAAAAAAAAAAAAGAGGCAAUCGCCCGCGCCGACGCUCCAAUCGUUCUCGCUCGAAAUCGUCCACGUUGGAGCAUACUCUUAAGAACGAAUUUCAUUAUUUUCUUCGAAAACGAUGACAAACCUUGCACAUUUCUAAUGUACAACUCGACAACUCUGUACGAAUAAAGGUUUGGAAAUAAUCGA